AUGUGUGGGGCCACGCAGCAGGCAGAUGCUGCGGCAGCAGCAGUUGCUUGCGACAACAACAGCAGCAGCAGCAGCAGCAGCGGUUUGCGCUCAGUAGAUCUGACCUUGCGUGCUGCUGCAGUGGGGAGCGGGUGGGAAGGCGUCGCUCCUUUGGAAGGAGCAGCAACAGCAGCAGCAACAACAACAGCAACAGCAGCAGCAGCAGAAGCCGCAGCAACUGCAGCAGCUGAUGGGGGCGCGCUGCAGUGGGCAAAGCUGCUGCCAGACGGCAGCGGCAUUUGCGCGGUAUUUGCUGACGGUUUGCUGCGGUUCUUCGCGACACCCGAAGCUUUAAGUGGUGGAGGGCUUGACGCGGUGUGCGACAGGGAAGCAGCAGCAGGAGCACCAGCAGCAGCAACAGCAACAGCAGCAGCAGCAGCAGAGUUGUCUCCUUGGUUGGAGUUAGCUGUUGGGGAGACACUUUGGGACAUGUCCUUCCCUCCUGAUUUGUUUCACCAGCAGGGACCAGAUAGCUGCUGCUGCGCUGUCUCCGCAAUCGAUCACCCGGAGUGGCAGCUAGGGACUCGACGCAGCAAGGGUUCGGUUGUGCAGAAGGGGAUGAUUUCUGCUAUUGCUGCUAUGCCCAGCAGCAGCAGCAGCAGCAGCAGCGCGGUUGCAUGCGGGAGCCAAGGGGGGACCAUUGGUCUGUACGACGUCCGCAGCAGCAGCAAACCCCUCCUCUUUUCUGACCCUUCUUGCCCCUCAGGCGCCGUUGCGCAGUUGUUGUUCGCAGAUGAGGGUUUGCUGCUGAGCGGACACAGGCAGGACCCUGUCAUUCGCUGUUGGGAGUUGAGGGCCCCCAGGGGGCCCCUCUUCAAGAUAGAGAGGAGCUGCAACGCAUGCAGCCCCAACAAAACUCAGUUCGACGUCAAGCAGCAAACGCUAGUCGUAGGGAGCCAAGACGGCUCUCUGAGCUUCUUUAGUCUCGCCACCGGGCGUGAAGAGGGUGGCUGCCUUGCUGCUGCUGCUGCUGCUGCUGCCCGCAGCAGCAGCAGCAGCAGCAGCAGCGACAGCGAGAGCAGCAGCUGGAGGUCCCUUACAAACUCCCCAAUUGCGGCGGUUUUCUUUCACCCCCAACUACCGCUGCUCUUUACUGCGCACUCCGAACGCACCUUCUUCCUUGGGGAGGACUCGGACGACUGCAGCAGCAGCAGCAGCAACAGCAGCAACAGGGCUGUUGCUGCAGCAAAUGCUGCUGCUGUCCGCUUCAACUGGGCUAUUGGCCUCUGGUCUGCUGCUGGAGAGCGAUGA